AUGAAUUUGGACAGCAACUUGAUGUGGGAUGAGAAAUCUUGCAAUACCUACACCGCAGCGGGUAACGCCUCUUCCAUGAUCAACGGGCAGAUCAGCUACAUGCUGCACCUGACUGGAGACAGUGUAUCGAUUGACACAGCCUGCGCUUCGGCGCUGUCCGCUACGAAGUUUGUUUCUUCAUGCUUGCUGGAAGGCAGGGCAGCUGGCAUAUCGAUCGGUGUGAAUGUGAUUGGCCUCCCCAAGAUAACCAUGGCACUUGAGAAGGCAAAGAUGAUCAGUGAUCGUUGCAAACCUUUCCACAAAGAAGCCAAUGGAUACGGCCGUGGCGAGGGAGUUGCUGCUGUCGCAUUGAGACCCAUGAUGGCCAUGGGUGCCUCGCAGGUUGAGCCACACGCGCUCCUGGCCGGCAUUUUCCAGAACUCCGACGGCCGGAGCGUAUCGCCCAUCACCAAGCCAUCAGUGGAGCAACAGAAAGCGUGCAUGGCCAAGGUGUGGCAGGACGGUCUCAGCUGUGGCGCCAUGGAAUGCCAUGGCACUGGAACACCUACUGGUGACCCCAUCGAAGUCAAGUCGGUGGGUGACAUUUUUGGUUCACAACUCACGUGUCUUGGCGCCUUGAAGGGCAACAUCAAUCACACGGAGUCUGCGGCUGGACUUGCAGGCUUCAUCAAACUGGUGAAAGUGGUCCAGCAGCACACAAUGUUUCCUCAUGGUGCGGGCCUUUGGCGGCCGGAUCUAUCCAUCGAAUUGGCCCCAGCAUUGAUGUUGUCCGAAAACUGCCAGGCUUUGAGGGCAGAUGCCAACGCUGCUGGCGUCAAUUGCUUCGGCUUUUCCGGCACCAACGUGCAUGCGAGGAUCCUGCCCUUGCCCGAGGAUACUUCUCUUGAGGCUGUGCAAAUCUCUGAUGCACAGGUCUUUUGUUGGCUCCCAAAGGGUUGGAACUUCCGAUUUUGUCACUGCUAAAGUUUAACCUUUUUGACAUGUGGCGACAUGUGGCUUGAGCAAGCAGAGAUUGAUCUUG